GAAGUUAAGUUAAAUUAUAUGUAUAGGGCCAAAGCAUUUAAAGAUACAGGUUACCGUUGAAGCCGAGCAGAGACAUUAAAAGAGCUGUACAAUAAAUGCUGCAAUAACUAAGCAGCCUCCACCGGCAAACCCUAGACCUCGGCCCACACGCACUCUCCUCUUCUCUGCAAUGGCCGUCGCUUCGAGUGUUCUCUCAUUUCUUCCUUCGUUUUCAUCUCUAGAUCCAUGGCCGAAGACGCCGCCCUUAAAUCCUCUCUGGUUUUCCUAGCCGCCACCGUCGUUCUCGUCGGAAUCUCCACGCAUUCUUUCAAGAAGAUGGCCGUAACUUAUUUGGUCGGCGUUUUCGCCAUCGCCGGCAUCCUCUUGCCAGACUGGUGCUUCUUCGACCGCGAUUUCUCCCGGUGGAUUUCUCCAGUCACCGAAGAGGAAAGGGAAUCGUAUCGGAUCUCGACUGCAUCUCGGAAUCCAAGGUUUAGGAUUUAUCCAAUCAGACUGGCUGUGUACGCCACAGUUUACAGUGCUGCGCUAUACAAGUGGUGGAAAUUCGUUUCCACCUAAAUCCUCUAUCAUAUCUGUAGUUAUUAUCUGCUAUAGACAUUUUCUUUUAUGCAGAAAAUAAAAAUAAAUUCCCCCAAAAUUUGUCCAUUUUU